AUGUUUUCCAGCUCUCCCAACGCAGCCAAGUCUGCCGAUAACCUCGCGGCCUUAUCCCCUAUAGGCCAUGGCGAGCUUCCAUUUCAUAGUAGCAACCAUAGACAUCCUCAAAUGCAUCCCCACCCGUCAGCGCGACGUGGCUCUACAGCGAGCUCCAUUCAUUCAGUAGGAGGCGUGCUUGACAGCGCUCCUAGCAGUUUGGCUGCCUCGGUGUAUGAAUCAAGCCAAAAUGCUAUCUCGACCCUGCUUCAGCCCCCGAUUGUUCGAACCGGCCUUCAGCCUCACACCUCCGCACCAGCUUCGACUGCGCAUAAGCCUCCGACUGCUCGAGAUAUUCCUCCGGUCACCUUGACAAAUAUCACAAAAGUCGACGUUCAAGAAUUUAGCCCAUACUUAUCCAAGGUUGGAGCACUAUACGACCAGCUGCAACGAUUGAAAGAAAGCGACGAAGAGGACAACAAAGAGCAGCGUUCCGAUCGGCAAGAUACUCCAACUGAUUCGAGUGGUGAUGGAUAUUUGCGACCGGGUCCAAAGCCUCGCCCAACUCGCAAGGGCUCGACUGCAUCGCUUUCAUCGAUGAAUUCAAAUGAUGGCCAGGGUCCAGUUCGAAGACCAAGCGCUGGCUUUAUUCGAAGAUCUACGCAAGGGCCACCUCCGCUAUCAACCAUCCCAACUGUAUACUUUGACGACGAGUUCCAUCUUGAAAAUCCCCGUACAUUCGACAUUGUGAGCGAACGAUCCGAGGUUAUCCGACCUGCCAAUGCCGAAGAUGCGAAAGGUGCGCUCAACGGAAGCGCUGCGGCGCCGCGGAAGGCUCUCGCAACCAACGCAAUCCUACAAGAAAAGCUGUCGUGGUACAUGGACACUAUUGAGGUUCAUCUCAUCAAUUCUAUCUCGACCGCUUCAACAACAUUCUUCACAGCAUUAGGAUCCUUGAAGGAGCUCCACUCAGAAGCUGCGGAAUCUGUUGAGAGGAUCAAGACGCUCAGAAAAGAGCUCGAAGCGCUCGACGAGGAGAUUGCGACCAAGGGUUUGCAGAUUGUUCACCAGCGAAGACGGCAGGAAAACUUGCGCCAGCUCAACGACGCCGUGCUUCAGCUCAAGCAAAUCGCGGAUGGUGUUGCAGGCUGUGAGACGCUUGUGAAUGAGGGAGAAAUCGACAAGGCCCUUGCGAGCAUCGACUCGCUCGAAAAGCUUAUUGCUGGUGAAAGGGACACUACUUCUGACAACCAACCGAAAAUCCAAUUGCUGGACCUGCGAUCAGCUUCGGCUCUGCAAGGCGUUAAUGCGGAUUUGGCCCUUUUACGUUCGCGCAUUGGAAAGGCGUACGAGACCAACUUCCAGGAUAUUUUGAUCCGUGAUUUGCGUCGACAUGUCGAAUCAGUGUCAUCUCCAGAGAUUCUUCUUAGAUGGGAUGCUUCGGCAAAUAGAUCCAAGGCUGGUCAUGUCAGGUCUCCUUCAGUUUUCCCAACGUAUCUGACGAAUACCGAUGAAUUAAAGGCUGCACUGUUGCCUAACAUGGUUGGGUUGCACCGAGCGAAGCAUAUCGCGGCUGCAACCAUCGCUUACCGAGAGGCUGUCUUGCGUGAGAUCAGGAACUUGAUUAGACGACCUUUACCCAGCUCCACGGAUGAUGAUAAUGAGUCAAUGAUGUCGGUCUCUACUGCAAGCGGUGGCCGCCAUCUGUCGAAUCAAGAAAAGUCGUCUAUUCUGGCACGGAAUCUGCGGGCUUUAGACCCAGAAGACGGCGAAGAUCUUUUAGUCAAAAUCUAUAUCGGAGUCACGGAGACACUCAGGAGACUUACAACUCAGGUCAAGGUCUUGUUGGAGAUCACAAGCUCCCUCACCGAGAGUGCACAGGGCGACACUCUAAAAUCCCCUACAGUGAGGUCGCCUAUCUCUAGCCCAAGACCAGACAGAUUCGCAAGCAACCCGAUGAACAACGCAGUGUUUGAAGUUCAAGAGGAGCUGCACAAGAGCUUGGAUAUUACCAACCUCCUUGGCCAAGCAGUGGAUGUGGCGAUUGAAAAGAUUGUCAAGGUGUUGAAGGUUCGGGCAGAGCAGACUGCGCAACUGCCACUAACUCUUUUCCUGCGUUACUUCACGCUCAAUCUCUAUUUUGCCAACGAAUGCGAGUCGAUAUCCGGCCGAAGCGGCACGUCUCUGAAAAAUGUGGUUAAUGGACACAUCAAAGACUUCGUGCAAAGGAAUCGCGACGCUGAGAUGCAGAAGCUGGCUCAAGGCAUGGAAUCGGACCAGUGGAAUGCCAAAGAUUUCGAUGAGAAGAACACGGACUUGCUGAAUAUCAUUCUGGGGAGCAGUACUCACGAUCCCCAAGAGUGGACCGACAGCACCAAGAUUUGGAUUUCCAAUUCCGAGUUGGAACAUCAUAAUGAAGAAGAGAAUAUCGAGACGAAUGGCACCGGCAAAGAGAAGACCAGAACCGCCACAAUCGAUUCGGAAAGCUUUAUGCUACCGAAAUCGGCCAUUCUGUGCUUGGAAGGCAUUGCCAAAUUCUCUCACCUCAUUAAUGGAAUUCCAUCAAUGACCCUUGAUAUUGCAACGUCCUUGAUCGCGUAUCUUCAACUUUUCAACUCGAGAUGCACGCAACUUAUUCUGGGUGCUGGAGCGACUCGAUCAGCUGGCCUAAAGAACAUCACAACCAAACAUCUAGCGUUGGCCUCCCAAGCGCUCUCCUUCACGGCUACCCUCAUUCCACAUGUCAGAGAAUUUGUGCGAAGGCAUGCUGGAUCAGGAGCGAACGUGUCGAAUGUCAUGGGUGAAUUCGACAAAAUCAGGCGGCUGUUGCAAGAGCAUCAAGACAGCAUCUACCAGAAGCUUGUUGAGAUUAUGAGCGGUCGAGCAGCCAUUCAUUCGCGUACGAUGAAAACAAUCGAUUGGGAAGCAGAUGGAGGCAAGAGCGUCCAUUCAUACAUGGAAACAUUGGCUAAGGAAACGACGACUCUUCAUCGUGUUUUGACUAAGCAUCUUCCUGAGACAUCGAUCCAGAUGAUUAUGCUUCCUGUGUUUUCCAGCUACAGAGAUCAGCUUGGGUCAAGCCUCAGGGAUGCAGAUCCCAAGACCGAAGCUGGCCUCAAGAGUAUGAAUAAUGAUAUUGAGUUUCUGACAAUGAAACUUGGCAAACUGGACGGGUUCGGGGAUACGGGAGAAUAUCUUCAGAAGAUCAUCAAGUCAAAGCAGGUCAAGACGGUGGAACCAGCUAUCGAACCCACAUCAGAAAAGAAGGAUGAUGAAUCCAAAGAGAACGAAACAGGUCCUUCCGCAGAGGCUGCAGAGUCUACAGAGCCUGCCGAGAAGAAGGAAUAG